GACAAAUUCUGUAUUUAACAAUCCGGAGGUGAUAAAUCACCAAUGGCUGCGUUUGCGACAUUGUCUUACUUAGGAUGCAUGCUAUGGCAAUUAUUCUUAUAUUGCUGGAAUGGAAAUGAGCUAUUGAUACAAAGUUGGAAGACGGCAGAAGCUGCAUAUGCGUGCAACUGGUAUAAUUGUUCGGCAACAUUCUGUGAUGCACUGCGUCUAAUGAUGUUGCGAUGUUCUCGUCCUAUAAAAAUGACCGCAGGAUCAUUUAUCGAUCUAUCCCUUCAAACAUAUGUCACGAUUGUUAAAGCAUCUUAUUCCUUUUUCACUGUUAUGAAUCAAAACUCCAAAUAG